UCCCGGACAUGGCGAAAAGCGUGCUUAUGCGCUUAUUUUGAAAAGCAGACUUUAUUAAGUGCUUUUCGUUUAAACGCCCACCUCUAAACACACAUGACAUUGACAGUCUGUUGUGUGCAUUAACCAUUGACGGCUGUUAUUGUGAAAAGGAUCGCAAAGUUAAAAUAAUUUGAAAGUAUUGUUACAAAUUAGCAAUUAAUUACAAUUUAACGUACUUGAUAGUGUGGAAUGCUAAUUAAUAGUUACAUGCAGUAAUAAAAUUUAUUACUAUGAUUACUUCACUAAAAACAUGGGAGAGGUUAUACCGGGUCGCAAAAUUUCCAUUUAGGUGUCGCAGUUAUUCAAAAGACACUAAAAAUCCUUUUACAAGGACGUGGGGGGUACUUUCGAAAGAGGUGCCGGAGUUUCUUGGCAUAAACAAGAAAGAAGUAGUAUUUCCCGAGCAUGCAGAUAUUGUUAUUAUUGGUGGAGGCUUCAUAGGCACUGCUGUUGCAUACUGGCUCAAAGUGAAAGCCGGCGAAGGCUUGGCAGUAGUAGUGUUAGAAAAUGAUCCAAUGUUCAAGUCGGCACAGAAAAAUCUAUCACUAGGAACGAUAACGCAACACUUUGCACUGCCUGAAAAUAUACUGCUUGCUCAAUAUGGAGCAGAGUUUUUACGGAACUUCUCCCAACAUUUAAAUAAAAAAGUAGACUUGCAAUAUUGCCCACAUGGGCAUUUGGUCUUAGCAAGUGAGCAGUACGCAGAGAGAUUAGAACACAAUAUACAAAUUCAGAGAGAGUAUGGAGUAAAAAAUGAACUACUCACAGUUGAGGACAUAAAGAUGCGAUUCCCAUAUUUAAAUACCGAAGAUAUUAGCAUAGGUUGCAUUGGUAGAGAAUGUGAAGGCACUUUCAACGCUUGGAUGUUAUUGAAGAGUUUAAUUAAAAAAUCUGUAGAUCUAGGAGCAAUUUAUAUAAAUGCAGAAGUCAUUGGUUUUGAAUUAGAACUACAGAGAGAUCUCUUAGUGGAGGGUGUAAAGCCUGGAACUUUCAAGAGAAUAAAAAGGGUAUUGUACAAAACACCAGAUAAUGAAGAAUAUGGUAUUAAAUUUGCUGGUUGUGUAUUAGCAGCUGGUGACAAAUGUGGAGAAAUUGCAAGACUAGCAAAAAUUGGAACUGGUGAAGGGUUACUUGGCAUACCUUUGCCAAUAGAGGGAAGAGAGGAAAAAGUCUAUUCAUUAGAAGAUAAUGGAACAAUGUCCAGUCUAAGCACUCCCAUGAUAUCUGAUACCAGUGGUCUAUGGCUACAGAAGAAUGGCCUGCAAGACAAACUUCUCUGUGGCCACAUUCCUUUGCUAACAGCUGAUGUUAAAGAGUCUGAUGGUGAUGAAUACUAUGAGAAAAUUGUGAAGCCUGCACUAAUCAACAGAGUACCUAAUUUUAAAGAUACUAAGAUAAGAAGUGUGGUGUGUGAAAAGUAUGAUUACAAUACCUUUGAUGAUUCUGGAGUAGUGGGUCCACACCCAUACCAUAAUAAUCUCUACAUUGCUGCUGGAUUUGGAAGAUUAGGGUGUGUCCAUGCAGCUGGCAUUGGAAGAGCCAUUGCAGAAUUAAUUAUAGACAGUAAUUUCAUGACUAUCGAUUUAACUAGAUUAACAUUUGAUAGAAUUUUAACAGGUAACCCAAUGAUAGAGUUUAAUGUGUAUUGA